CAGCCGUUCAGAAAAGGAAAAAUGAAAAAAAAAAAAAGAAAACUGACAGUUGUACGGACAUUUGAUUGGUCAUCGUCGUCAAUGCUUUAACGUGAUUGGCUAAUGACUAGACUCGCUGUUUGCCCUGCCAAUCCCCUUUGACACGCUCGAAUCUGUUUCGGUGUGUCAUGUUAACCUAGCAUCGUUUUUGUUUACAACAUGGCUCUUGUUCCGUACGAGGAAAACUCCCUCCCGGCGCUUUCGAAACUCCACAAUGCAACUGCGCAGUUCCGCUUCGCCAACCGGGACUUAAGUCUUUCCCAGGACUGGAAGAAGCUCGGGGUUGCGGCAGUCGUGUGGGAUGCGGCAGUUGUCAUGUGUGUGUAUCUGGAGCUGGGAAAACUGGAGCUGAAGGGGAAGCGGGUCAUUGAGUUAGGGGCCGGUACCGGACUGGUGAGCAUCGUUGCAGCUCUGCUGGGUGCACACGUGACCGUCACUGACAGACUGCCCGCCCUAGACUUCCUGUCAGCCAACGUAAAGGCUAACCUACCACCGGAUUCUCACGAUGCCGUGGUCAUUUCAGAGCUCACCUGGGGCGAGGGACUGGAACGUUACCCAGCCGGGGGCUUUGACCUGGUCCUGGGAGCAGAUAUCGUCUAUCUGGAGGACACUUUUGCGUCUCUACUGCGAACUCUGUUGCACUUGUGUCAUGACACCACAGUCGUGUUGCUGUCCUGUAAGAUCCGCUACGAGCGAGACACGCACUUUCUACGCAUGCUGGAGGAGGUCUUCGUGGUCGAGGAGGUUCACUUUGAUCAAGAAAGGGACAUCCAUGUUUACAGAGCCAACAAACGGCAACCAAGGGGAGAGUUAUGACCCUUUAAGUUUACUCAAUGUUACAGCAUUAUACAAAUGGGUCUUUUUUUAUGUUUAAAAGUUUAUUAAAUGCAAUUCUCAUAAAAACAGAGAAAGCCUCAUUGUCAAAACACUAAAUGGAUUGGGUUUAUAGUAACAGAAAAAAAUUCAAUUUUCUUUUGGAUUUUCACUGUAAAACAAAUUUUGUUUGCUUAUAAAGUGUAGUUUUUGUAUGAUUCACACUACCGCCCAACUAUUUUGUCACAAGAGGGCCCAAGUCUUGGUCUCCUUGUGAUGGACCCCAGCCCGGAUAAAACACAAGGUCGUGUCAGGAAGGGCAUCCGGUAUAAAAAUCUCUGCCAAACCACCUGUGCAAAUCAGCUUCCACUGACGGGAUAUGCCAAAAGGUAAACAACUUUUGUAAACAAAAGCAUCGUCACACUUCAAGUAAACUAACAGAAAGAUCUGAUUUAGCGUAAAAAAAGUACAAUAAACGUAUUUAAAGGAAAAGCAAUCCAUAAACUUAAAGAACAUAUAAUGCCUUUUCUAAAUAAAAAUCAAUUUUCUUUAACCUAGUCUUUAUUGUCAAUACCUGGAUUUAGUAAAAUACAGUAGCGUCCUGUAUUUGAAAUAUAUUUUUUAAAAUUUAUUAUGUUUCACUGCACUUUUGAAAGAUUAUUACAGAUAAAGGAAAAGUGAGGUUCCCUGAGGGUUAUGUUACGUUCACACAGGGCUGCGUUCGAGAGACAACUUUCAAUGAAAAGUGGUCACACGUAAUCGUGUAUUUUAGGCUUCUGCAUACAGAAGUUUAUGCUAAUUUUGAAAUCUGUUUUCAGGCUUCAUGUUCAAAACGUGCGGCAAUUAAGCGUGCGUCAUUAGUUAAAACUAGUUAAAAAUACUUUGACCACAGGGACUCAGACAUAGUAUAGUGACGUUUGGGUAGCGUCCUUUUCAAUACACGGAAGUAUCAACUACAGUUGGAAAUUGAUCAUGAAGAAGAAAUUCAUAAUUGCGUUUUGUGCCCAAGUGAAAUUAUAGAACACCAAGUCUUUUAAAGAACAGCGUGGAGCAGUGAAAAAACAAGACUGGAGCAAGAUUUGCAAUUGUACCAAUAAUUUCCCACGAAGUGUCUAAUAACUGCAAGUGAAUGCGCUAGUAUCAGGUAGCGACAGACCAGUGUGAUCACUAGGGCUGCACAGUAUGAAGAAAACAUGCCAUAUGCGAUAUUAGAGAUUAAUAUUGAGAUGACGAUAUAACUUGUGAUACAUGAACAAAUAGCAAAAAAACCAAAAACAGUAUUUCCAUUUCACUGCAACAGUUUAAAAAUUACACUCUAAAUGACCAUCAUCUACGUAGGAGGCGAUCAUCUAACUUUAAAGGGCUCCAUCCCAUUGGUCAACAACGUGAAGGACUCCCUCCGAUUGGUCAAAUGCAUAAAUGGACCCGCUAAAUACUUAAAGCUGCCAUAAUUGCGUUAGCAAAUUUAAGGUAAAAAUUUAUUGCAACAUUCGCCAUCUUUUGCGAUGUGCGUAUUGCACAGCUUGAUAUUGUAAAAGUAAAUGCGCGAUCGAUUGUUCAGAACACCGUAUGCUAAAUCACAUUCCCGGUGUGUACGUAGCCUCACAUUUGGCUUUGUUCAGUUUGUAGAUUUACAUAAUUUCGCGUUGUCCAUUUUUUAGAAAUUAUAUUAAUUAUUUCGUUUCUACUGCAUUAAAGGUUUCAUCGUCCAACUUAUGUAAAUUCCCCUUUUGCAGCACUGAUGCUUUCAUUUCUUGUGGUUUUGUGUGAAGCUCAACAUCAAAGAGAAAUGAGUCUUUGAUCUCCCUAAAAUCAAAGGGGUCACAUGACCAGACGAUCUCUUUUAUGCGCCUUUGAAGAACCAGAUGAGACUAAAUUACCAGAAACACAUUUAAUAACAGCUGCCAAAAAUGUCAUAUCUGUAUAGCUCUAACACAAUGCACUUUAUAAUGCAACUUGACAUUUAGAAUUUUUUGUUAAAAAAAGAUAACAAGAAGCAACAUAAAAAAAGCAUACUUUUCAUAUUUAUACAUAAUACCUAAAGAGAAUAAUAUGGCAUUCCUUUCUUAUUUUUCGCCGAUUUGGUCAAACUUUACAAUCCUUUCGUACAAAUUUUUAAUCGCAGAUGUCCGAUCGAGUAAGAGCCUGUUGGUGUUGAAAUGAGGAUUGUAAAUGCAAAGAAAGUGCCCAUUUUUUGUCCAACAAAUGCAAUUUUUGGAGGAAGAGUUCGCAAAAUAUAGAUCUAGGUAUCAGUACUCUCUCAAAUAUAGACUUUAGAAUAUAGCAACAUACGAUUACAGCUCUCAGAAAUCUUUUUUUUUUUUGGCUGCUUGUUAAGGCUCAUUAGUUCGUAAAGAAUCAAAAAAAAAAAAAAGUUUAAAAAUCCA